CGAUGUCUGCGUCUCCGGCUCCCCAGGGCGGCUCCAGCCAGCAACAGCAGCAGGGAACCGACCAAAUCCACUUUAAAUUCUGUCGCGAAUGCUCCAACUUGCUAUACCCAAAAGAAGACCGCACGACAAACUCACUGGUCUUUGCAUGCCGAACCUGCCAUGUCGCUGAGCCAGCUACAUCAUACUGCGUCUUCCAGAAUAAACUGCACAGCCAGGUUGGCGACACCGCAGGAGUGACACAGGACAUCGGAAAUGAUCCAACUCUUCCUCGAUCAAAUAAGCUGUGCCCUAGCUGCGGCGAGAACGAGGCAGUCUUUUUCCAAUCCCAGCAACGAUCUGCGGAGACGGGAAUGAAACUUUACUACGUCUGCUGCACUUGCGGAAAGGUGUUUAUUUGAAGCAUUCACGACAUUUCCUUGCGCUUUAUUUUUCCAAUCUAUACGGACCCUUGGUGUUAAUUU